AUGAGUGCUUUAGUUUCCCGCGCUGAGAGUCGCAACGUAGAACGUAGUUACCGAUCGCGGGAGGCGUCGCGCUACGCUUCCAACUUGACGUGGAGUGGGCAUCCUCGCCGAGUAACUCCCGCCUCCGGGCUCCACACGUCCCGCCGCCUACUCGCCCCGGUCGCGACGGCCCGUGCACACGUCCACAAGAUAAGUAAACAAUACAUUCCUUCUAAGAUAACAGUAUAA